UUCAAUCAGAUAUGGAACGAAAACCGCUGCUGAAUGACAGCAAUGACAGCGAUUUUGAGAAGACUGUUAAUUUCAAGAGAGAUAGUGACGAUGGCAUUAACGCAAUUUCUGUGACAAUAGACAAAAAGAGGACUGUCACCUCCCGUUUAGCCUUUGCCAUAGCAUCCUGUACAUUAGGGUCAUCCUUUGUGGUAGGUUACAGCACUGGUGUUGUGAAUGAGCCUGCUGAGGUGAUCCAGGACUUCUACAACAGUACAUACUAUGACAGAAAUGGGGAGUACAUGUCAUCUUCUCUCCUCACACUCCUGUGGUCAUUCACAGUGUCUAUCUUUGCCAUCGGGGGCAUGAUAGGAGGUCUCUCAGGAGGAUACGUAGCUAACAGAUUUGGGAGAAAAGGAGGUCUCAUAAGAAACAAUAUUCUCAACUUGGUAGGAAGUGCCUUGCUUAUUUCUUCCAAAUUUGCCAAAUCAUAUGAAAUGCUUAUAGCUGGCAGGUUUGUGACGGGACUGUGUUCUGGUAUAGACACUGCCAUAGUACCACUGUACUUGUCUGAGACUGCCCCUAUCACCUUACGUGGACUGGCUGGGACAUUCAACCAGCUGGCCAUUUGCCUGGGUAUCCUCGUUUCACAGUGUUUAGGACUUGGACAGCUUAUGUCUACACCAGACUUAUGGCCCUAUCUACUGGGAUUCACGUUUGUACCAAUGGUGUUCCAGUUAUUGACCUUACCAUGUUGUGCAGAAAGUCCGAGUUAUCUUAUGAUAAACAAAGACAGUGAGGAACAGGCAGAAGCAGCUUUGGUUUGGCUGAGAAAAGACACAGAUAUUUAUGAUGAAAUUCAAGAGAUGAAAAUAGAAAUGGAAAAAUCCAAAAAGGCUGCAAAGUUUCACUUCACAGAUUUGUUUAAGCGUGAAGAACUCCUCACCCCAUUGAUCAUAAGCCUGGUGCUACAGCUGUCUCAACAGUUCAGUGGUAUUAAUGCUGUGAUCUAUUACUCUACCCUAAUAUUUGAAAGUGCAGGACUGUCAGAAACAAAUGCUCAGUAUGCCACACUAGGGACAGGUGCUGUGAAUGUUUUAAUGACGUUUGUCUCCGCUAAUAUCAUGGACAGAGUAGGCAGACGAACGCUACACCUGGUGGGACUCGGAGGCAUGCUGAUUUUUAGUACUGUCUUGUCUUUAGCGUUAAUAUUUCAGGACGAUGCAUCAUGGCUGUCUUACAUCAGUAUUGUUGCUGUCAUGGCGUAUAUUGUCGCCUUCGCCACUGGGCCAGGGUCCAUACCAUGGUUUUAUGUGGCUGAAUUGUUUGCUCAGGGACCGCGGUCAGCUGCGGUCAGUUUGUCUGUACUGACCAAUUGGCUUGCAAACUUUACUGUUGGUCUUACAUACCCGGAACUUCAGAAAGGAAUCAAAAGCUAUUCUUUUCUACCCUUUGUCGGAAUGCUGGUCUUUUUCUGGCUGUUCACAUUUUUCAAAGUUCCAGAGACCAAAGGAAAAACUAUCGAUGAAAUAACAUCUUCAUUUAAAUCUGACAACAAGAUACAAAUCCAAAGUCCAGAGAGUGAUGGCUACCAGCGAUUAAAAGAGGAGGAAAGUUAAUGAUCUUAAUUACGAUACAGACUUUUCAAUACUCUCGGAUAUAUUUUUGUAUCGAUAUCUUUCAUUGACGUGGAUGAAUAUGUUAAUACUCACAGGUGUUAUAGUGUUUAUAAGGAUAGAAUUUGAUUAAAUGUGAGACAACUUGAAAUUAAAUAAGAAAAAUUUAAGCAAAAAUACCACGAUGCAAAAAUAGUGUAAGCAUGGUUACCAUAACAAUAUGACAUUAAACAAAUCAUGAUAUUAAUUAAGUGUUUCAUGAUAUUAAAUGAAAUGAGAUACAUUUUAUUAAAAGAAAUUUAUUAGAUAGCGAUAUUGUAUAUAA